UCGCGGCCCGAGUGCCGAAUUUGUACCGCAGGUGUUUUUUUUGUUGCAUUUUCAUUGUUGGACAUAAAACAAUGUAAAUCAGCUCCAAGUUAUUUUAAUUUGGAAUAUCUGUUCCCAAGUAUGUCCAUGCAUAAUAUAGAGACGCAUUACCAUAUACAAAUGCAAGCAAGGUUUGGAAUUAUUAUGUUUUAGUCAAAUAUUAUAUCUGUUUGGGCUUGAUUGCGGUCUACAAAUUAUUUGUCAUUAUGUUCUUGCCCCCCAACCAUCUACUCAAGAAAAGAAUGACGCGCGUCUGAAUCUAGUUGAUGAUCCCAGGUGUAGAUCGAGCAAGUCGACUACUGCAGAAGUCACAGGGUAAAUCGGGAAGGAGUGGACGUGCCUCUCUUCAGUUCGUGCACGACUCUUGCCUCCGCAGUGCACUGCUGGAUAGCGCUCAGUACAGUCAGUCUGCGCCCGGACGCUUCACGCACGCACCAGUGACCUGCCAAUGCGACGCAUCUCACUCUCAAAAGGUCUCGAACACUACACCGCAGCGAAGAGCAUGGGGAAUUCACUGCGGACUCAUUGAUAAAGAAUUGCCACUGGAAUUAAAAUGAACAAUUCGUCCUGUAUGUUCCUUUGCAGUAUCCAUUUAGUAUAGUCUAUUUGUUUAUGACACUGUAGGAAACCGAAGCAUGGCGGGUGCCUUAUCAUUGGUGAUGUUGUUUGGAGUGGUUGGGGUGUUGGUGGCUUCUAAGACGGAGCGGGCGGUGCAGGUGCCCUGUGACUCAGGCCAGUACACCAAGGGUGGAGAGUGCUGCGAGGUGUGCCCACCCGGAGAGGGGGUGGUGAGAAGGUGUGGUGCCAACCAGACCGUCUGCGCCCAGUGCCUAGACAGUGAGACCUACUCAGAGACCUACAGCCACAUAGACACCUGUAUCCCCUGCACCAUGUGUACAGGUCUGAUGCGCAUGCAGACACCCUGCACCGACUCCAACAAUGCCAUCUGUGUGUGUGACUACAACUACUACCUGAAUGAGGUGUCUGGGCGCUGUGAGCCCUGCACGGUGUGCCCGGCGGGCCAGGGCGUGUUGGCACACUGCGAGCACAACCACGACACGGUGUGUGAGGAGUGUAUAGACGACACCUACUCUGACCGGGACAGCUCCCUGGACCCCUGCCUGCCCUGCACCAUAUGUGAUGAGGGCAUUGAGGUGGAGCUGAGCGCCUGCACCCCCGUCAGCGACUCCCUCUGCCAUAAUCCUCUCCUCCCGUCCUACACUUCUCCCACCUUUCCCCUGGACCUGUCUUCCCCCUCUUUCACAGACAUCUUCCCACCAGACAGCUCCAGCAGCCCUUCCCCGGGGGGAGAGAGCACCACGGCCCAGCCCAGCCCUCACUUCAUCAGACCGGGCUUCAACGAGAACCUCAUCCCCAUCUACUGCUCCAUCCUGGCUGCUGUGGUGGUGGGGCUGGUGGCCUACAUCAUCUUCAAAAGGUGGAACAGCUGCAAGCAGAACAAACAGCCGGCUAACAACCACCAAGCCACAGCAGCCAAUCAAACGGUGACGCCGGAGGGGGAGAAGCUGCACAGCGACAGCGGUAUCUCAGUGGACAGCCAGAGUCUGCAGGAGCAGCAGCAUGCAGCCCAGGUCCAGACACAGACACACAGACAGGAACAAAUAGUGGUGAGGGUGGAUGGGGGACCUGACUCACCUCCCCCCCAGGUCUGAGGAAGAGGAGAAGCCGCUGACAGGAAGGAGGAAAAGGAGGAGAGGGGGAAGUGGGGUUGCCAUGGAAACCUUGAUGUGGGAAUGGACAUACAGUAUAAGAGUACAGACUGAGUGGGCUUCUUGGAUACAACAAGGAAGUUGACGACAUUAUCGUCCCUUUUCACCGAGUGUGGCCACUGGUUUCUGACUGGCCUCUUGUCCCAGUAUGGACCCUUAUUGGACAGACUGGAGCAUCAGAGGCUGACUCAGUAUCUCUACACAGAACCCAACUCUGCCAGUGUGUCUUUGAACACUAAACCUCUCCGCCAGUACCAACCCUAACACCAACGCCAAACACCAACCCUAACACCAACGCCAAACACCAACCCUAACACCAACGCCAAACACCAACCCUAACACCAACGCCAAAUACCAACGCCAAACACCAACCCUAACACCAACCCAAACCCAAACCCUAACACCAACCCUAACACCAACCCUAACACCAAUUGUCUGCCUCAAGUCACUAAAGUUGCAAUAUCACUACCACCCAUAAUCCAAGAAGCAUCACUGCGUUAGAUAUCCUGGUCUUUUCUGUCAGCUGGUGUUGACCAAUCAUUAUGAAAAGUGUGUUAGUAUGUUAUCCCAUGAAGGAGUUUCAUCCUGUGUCCCAAUAAGUUCACUGCCAACUUCCUUUGACCAUUUGCUAAAAUUAUUAUUCAUCCACCCCCCAAUUCCCCCCUACUCACUCACAUUAUCAAAUGUUUGUGCCUCAGAGGUAGAUAAACUCUCUUUCCCCUCUCUCCCCUUGUCUGUACUCUCUCUCUCUCAGCGUGUAACUAUCUGUCCCUCUUUCCAUCCCUCCAUCUGUACCUAUCCUAUCCUAGUGUGUUCUCGGGGCAAGUCUUGCAGUAGUCUCUCAGUGACUCCGUCACACCUCCAGACUGUCUUCUCAGACCUCAGCAGUAGCAGCUUGUUGUAAUCCUCCAUGUGAACCUGUCUGAUAGUAUCCAACUGUUAUCUAUUCAACACAACUCAGUGGGGGUACAGUUACGCUGCGUUUAGAUUGUACGAGGUAGACGGCGUCCGGAUGUCAUUGUUUUCAAUGAGAGCACGACGGUAAAUGCCGUUGAGGUCACAGUAGACGGGACAUGCCACCAGAGUUAAAAUAUAAAAACUUUUGUUGUCUGUCGUAGCGUUCUUUUCUACCGGAUGUUGAUUUGCACUGUUUGUUUACCAAAAUCACCACAGCAACCAUACCGUCGUGCUGGCUUGCUUUCUUCUUGUAUGAUGGUUUCUGCGUCCCUCGUCUAAAUGCAGCAUUAGUCGCCCAUUCCAAAAUAUCCUAUCCUUUUUCUUUACCACAGACACAGACAUUCCUAAGGUGUACAGGGACGGACACAUUUGUGUUGUUGUUAUACUGUUUCUCUGAUUACUGCUCUCCUAUUCUCAUUGGCUGUGGAUCAUUCCAUCAUUCUGUCACCACAACAUGAUACACCAUCCCUCCUCUGUUUUCUGACACACUUGACUCCUUUUCUCCAUCCAACAUGGACUCCAGGAUUCUGUUGGAAUGAUUCAUGCUUUGAAUUUAACAGAUUCUAGAUGUUUCUCUCAUGUCUGUUUGUGGCGCAUCCGCCUCUCUUAGUGGUUUGAGUUACAAGGCCUCCUCAGCAGUGCAGCUCCAUUACCCCAGGAGCUGUGAUAUGCAAUGUGAGGAGCAUUUUUGGACUAUUUAACAUUCCUGACUCAUUGACCUGACGCAUAAUGUGAUGUCCAACUGCCAAAAAUGGAACUGUAACAUCAUCAGAAAGAGGCUCUGCAGUAUCAGUAUUCGAGGCUGUUCCAUGGUAGCCUGACGAGAGUUGUCUAGAAAUAGUAUACAGUUUAUAUACAAACACUGUAUAGUAGGCUAUACUCAAGACUCCCCUUAAUUAUCCAUUAUAUUGUACUUGCUAAUGAGUGGAGACAUGGGACACUCAUCAGAGACUUCCGUCUCACUGAAAUAAACACAAGCACUUGCACACACACACUCACGUGCAGAUAUGUGUGUGUGCUAAAGAGUGUGCGGUGGCGCUAAUGUGUCUGCUGCGGUAUAGUAUGGUAGGGGCAUGGGUGUAAACACAGGGGCCAUUAGGGCGACAUUCCUGACAGGCAGGUAUAAUUACCUCAGGAUUUCAGGUUCAUUUAGCUUCACUCAGUCAGCUGGCUCUCAUCUGAAUCCCUCUGUUAUGUACUGCACAGAGACAUACAGAACGCUUUUAAAGUGGCAACAAUGUGACAUUACCAUUACUCACCUCUCAUGUGUCUGAGAGAGCAGUGACAUUUUACUGUAUCACAAUAGUGAUCUGAAGCAUACGCAGCAUACUGAACACGCAGUAGGUAUUAGAUGUUAGCAAUGUAGCUACGCUUACUGUAACUGUACUGCUUUGAAGUCCAGGUUUGAUUCCCAGGGACAUGUGAUUACUCAGGGUCCCUUUGGUGUGGUUUGAUGCUUAAAUUUAGAUGUAGGUAGAUAGCAAAGUAGAGAUAUUAGCAGAGAUACUUUUGUGUGUGUGUGAGAGAGAGAGAGACACAGAGAGAGAGAGAGAGAGAGAGAGAGAGAGAGAGAUAAUCUGGCGUAGCAAAGAUACAGUAGGGAAGACGCUCUCAUAGUAGUGAGUUUUGAGGCUUUUGAAUAGAAAACAGACCAACACACCCACACUAUAUUCCCCCUGGGGGCCUCCUUGUGACAUAUCCAGUGGCUUCACACACACAGUGUUUCACACAAUAUUAUUGACAGCAGUGUGAUUCAUGUUGCUCCACAAUGGAAGUGCAGUAGGACCCAGUGGACCAACAGAUUGGCAUAAUACCACUGACUGACAGGAGGGACUGUCAUCAACGACUAGUGAACAACUGAACCUUUCACUGUGGCUGGUGGCCCCACGGGCCCAAUCUAACACUGUGCUGUCUCACAGGUGAAUAGAGGUGUCAAUAUAGAAUCUACAGUAUGACUCAAUCUGUACUGUUCCUCCACAGCAGGGGACACUGGUAGAGUGGAGGAAGAUAAUAUAAGAAUGUAAAGCUGAAUAACGUUACAGACAUAAAUAUGCAAAACAUUCAAUGUUCUUCUAUUGUUUUUGUUAUGAAUAUUAUUGUCUUUUUUGAAAUCAGUAUUUUUUUGUAAACGGUUUCUUGUUUUAGCACUUAUUAGAUGUAAUAGGCACACUCAAAGACUGUGCUAUACAAGUGCCUGUGUACAGAGUCAGGUGUGUUUGAGUUAUGUUCAGAACACUUUCUGUUGUUCUUCUUCUUCCGUUUUUAUUCUCACUUGUUGUAUGAUCUGUGUUUUGUUUCAUCAUUUGAGUGUUAAUGAAGGUUUCAGGAAGUAUAGGCCAUAGGUUAAAACGUACUACUAAUGUUGUUGAAAUCCAUAUAGCAUCACCUACGUACAUGCCAUCUGCUGUGGUUCUAUUUUACAGACCAUAAUAUACUCUACCUACAGUGCAAAAGUGGCAAUAUGUGAUGAGCAUGACCAGUAUGUUUUUACAUGUUCAGUUUGUCCAGAGGCUGUGGACAGACAUGCCAUGUAUGAGGAGGAUUCACUGUGAUUCUCUAUGGUAAUAUCCAAGAUAUAAUAAAUCCCCACAGACAUUUCAGACCCCUCCCCCCCCAAAAGCUGAAUGUUACAUGUACUUACCUAUUAGUGUAAAAUGCAUUGUGUAAAUGUGAAUUUCUUAGAGUUGUUACAAUAUAUAAAUACACUAUAAAAUUGAAAAAGCAAACAAAUUAAUUAUCUGAUAGAAUAAAAACAAAUGUAAUUGCA